AUGUACAAAGCUUCCAGAAUCUGCACCCGUCACUUCUCGUCCACUUCUAUGGCAUCAACUAGUUAUGGUUUCAUCGGUCUCGGACAAAUGGGACAACACAUGGCCAGACACAUCUACAACAAGUUGGAGGCUACUGAUAAAUUGUACGUUAACGACAAUGUCGCAGCUGCUACCCAGUCUUUCAUCAAGAACGUCACUGAUGAAAAUCCUGCCAACAAGGACGCCUUGAAGCCAUUGAAUCUGCUUGAAGAGUUCGUCACCUCCGUGGACGAACCAUUGGACUUCAUCAUUACCAUGGUUCCUGAAGGAAAACAUGUGAAAGGUGUAGUUUCCGAAUUGGUGUCACACUACCAGAAGAAUAAUGUCUCGGGAACCAAAACGACUUUUCUCGACUCCUCUACUAUAGAUAUACCCACGUCUAGAGAAGUCCAUGAAUUUGUCAAAAAGGAGCUACCAGGCGCCGACUUCAUAGACACACCUGUUUCAGGAGGUGUCGCUGGUGCCCGCAAAGCUACCUUGUCAUUCAUGUUAUCGAGACCUAACAAUGAGUCUAUUUCUGCUGACUUGAGAACUCUUUUGAACAAAAUGGGUGCAAAUAUUUUUGCAUGCGGCGAGACGCACGGUGCUGGUUUAGCUGCGAAAUUGUCUAACAACUAUUUAUUGGCAGUAACCAACUUGGCAGUAGCAGAUUCAUUCCAAUUGGCAAAGUCGUUCGGCCUCAACUUGAAAGACUAUGCCAAAUUGGUUUCUGUAUCCACUGGCAAGUGUUGGGCUGCUGUGGACAACUGUCCUAUUCCAGGAGCCUACCCAAAGGAAAACAAUUUGCCAGCUGAUGUGAAAUACGAAGGUGGCUUCAUCUCCAAGUUGACCAGAAAGGAUUUGGUGUUGGCUACUCAGUCUGCUGAAUACGCCAAUAGAUUUUUGUAUUUGGGAGACGUUUCUAAGCACUGGUACGACAAGGCUUGCGAAAGAGAAGAUUUGGCUAACAGAGACUUGAGUGUCUUGUAUGAAUGGCUCGGAGAAUUGGAAAAGGAUAAAGACGGCAACAUCGUUGAGCUUAGAAAAUAA